UCCUCCUCCCUCAUCUCAGCAGGCCCAACGAAACGCACUGCCUCGCCUCGCCUCGCCGUGCACGAGUCUUAGCACAGUCGCCUCGCUGCCAGUCCAUUGCCCUCGUCUACCGCUACUGCGGCGACCAGUCGCUAAUGGCCGCCGUGCUCGCGAAACUUUAGGCGCGCGCGGCUAAACCCCUUGCCAUGGGCUCCCUCGACAACGGGGCCGGCGCGGCGGCGGAGAGCUACAAGCGCGGGCCCGUGCCGCUGCGGGCGCCCGCCGCGGGGGGAGGCGGCGCGCGGAGGGUGCGGGCUAGAUCCAGGCUCGCGCGCUUCCUGCUGUUCGAGAAGGUGGACUACCUCCAGUGGAUCGUCACCGCCGCCGCCUUCUUCUUCGUUGCCAUCGUCUUCGUCACGUUCCUCCCCGGGUCGGGCGUCGUCGAGCGCCCCACGCUGCUGCUCCCCUCGCGCCGCGCGGGAGUGGGCCGCGGUGGGACCGGGGCCGGCGACUCACUGCCCCGCGGUGGCUUCGUGGGGUUGGAAUUGGGCGGCGCGGGCGUGGUGUUCGAGCCGACGAGGCUGAGGGAGAGGUGGGCGAGGGAGCUGAGGGAGGAGGCGGAGAGCUUGGCGGGGCUCGGGACUCCCGUCAGGAGGGUCGGGGUCCGGAAGCCGCGGCUUGCCAUGGUGUUUGGGGACCUGUCUCCCAGCGCAAUACAGCUUCAUAUGGUUAGCGUCGCCUCGGUGCUGGAGGCCAUGGGCUACGAAAUGAAGGUUUUCUCAUUUGAGGAUGGCCCAUGUGGUAAUAUCUGGAGAACUAUUGGAGUACCAGUGAGCAUUUUACCUGGGGACACAAACUUACCUAAUUUUGUAGAUUGGUUAGACUAUGAUGGCAUACUUGUAAAUUCUAUUGAAGCAAGACCAGUAUUUUCGAGUCUUCUGCACGAGCCUUUCAAAUCCAUACCUGUCAUUUGGACUGUGCAUGAAUAUUCCCUUGCUCAUCGUAUUAAUGAAUAUAAUGCCAGUGGAAUGAUUCAGAUCAUAGAUGCUUGGAAAGAGGUCUUCAGCAGGUCAAAUGUUAUAGUUUUCCCAAACUAUAUAUUACCGGUGAUGUAUGCUGCAUUUGAUUCUGGUAACUACUUUGUGAUUCCAGGUUCUCCCGCAGAAGCAUUUCAGGCUGAUAGCUUUAUUGCCAAAAGUUACCUCCAAGAUGCGAGAAUCACCUUGGGCUUGGGUCCCAAAGACUUCUUAAUUUCCAUUGUUGGUACUCAAUUUUCGUAUGGUAGGAAUUUGAUGGAAGAGGCACUUGUCUUGCAAGCAAUAGGUCCUCUGUUACAGCAUUAUCGCUCUGAGAAUAGUACACAGUCUGAACUGAAAGUGAGGAUCUUCACUGGGAACAUAACCGAGAAGCAUUGGAUGGCCCUUGAGGCUGUUGCUUUGAGUGCUGGCUUCCCAAGAGGUGCAGUGGAGCACGUCGCUGCUGAAGAUAAGGACAACCUCCUUGGUAUAGCUGACGUUGUUAUAUAUGGUUCUUGUCUAGAGGAGCAAUCAUUCCCCAGUCUGCUGGUCCAAGCUAUGAGUCUCGAGAAGCUGGUUAUAGCUCCAGACCUUGGAAUUAUUAGAAAAUAUAUCAAUGAUGGGGUAAAUGGACUUCUGUUUCCAAGAAAGAAUAUUAGCAUGUUAACUCAAGUCCUGCUCCGAGUAGUGUCAAAUGGUAAAUUGUCUGUUUCAGGGCAGAAAAUUGCGUCAGUUGGAAAGGCCCAUGCCAAGAAUCUUAUGGCUUCUGAAACAAUUGAAGGUUAUGCUGUUCUAUUGGAAAAUGUUAUCAAGUUUCACACUGAUGUACGAUGCCCUUUAACUGCUGGUGAGAUACCUUCAGCUCUGAAACAAGAGUGGAAAUGGCAUUUAUUUGAGGAUGUGAAGCAUUUACACCGUAUGAAUGAAAGUUUGUCUGGCUACAAGAUACUCCAGAAACUAGAGGAGGAGUGGCAUAACAACCAAAUGGAACGCCCUCCAGUUAGUACAUCAAAGAUUAAUGAAGCAUUCUCUGCAAUUGCAUGGGAGGAACAGAGGGCAAAUGAGAUUAUGGACAUCAAAAGAAAAAUGGAAGAAGACGAGUUGAAGGACAGGAAUGACCAACCUCAUGGAACAUGGGAGGAGGUGUACAGAAAUGUCAAAAGGGUAGAGAGGUUGAAGAAUGAAUUGCAUGAAAGAGAUGACAAGGAGCUUGAGCGGACAGGUCAGCCGCUUUGUAUCUAUGAGCCUUUCUUUGGGGAGGGGACCUGGCCUUUUCUGCACCAAAGCUCUCUUUAUCGUGGAAUUGGCCUGUCUUCAAAAGGUCGAAGACCAGGAGCAGAUGAUAUAGAUGCUUCUUCUCGUCUUCCACUUCUCAACAAUGUUUACUAUAGAGAUAUUCUUGGUGAAUUUGGAGCUUUCUUUGCUCUUGCCAACAGAAUUGACCGAAUACAUAAAAAUUCUUGGAUAGGGUUUCAGUCCUGGAGAGUGACAGCAAGAAAGGCAAACUUGUCAAACAAUGCUGAAUCUGCAAUCUUAGAUGCCAUUCAAUCUCAAAAGCAUGGAGAUGCCUUUUAUUUUUGGGUUCGGAUGGAUCAAGAUCCAAGGAACCAUGCUAAUAAAGAUUUUUGGUCCUUCUGUGAUGCAACCAACGCUGGGAACUGCAGGUUAGCUGUUUUGGAGGCCUUUCAAAGGAUGUAUGGUGUACAGCUUGACCAUGAACUGAAUUCUCUGCCACAUAUGCCUAAUGAUGGAUACACUUGGUCUGUGAUGCAAAGUUGGGUUUUGCCUACACGGUCAUUCCUAGAAUUUGUUAUGUUUUCAAGAAUGUUCAUUGAUGCACUGGAUGCACAAAUGUAUGACAAACAUCAUCAAACUGGGCAUUGCAUCUUGAGUCUCCACGAGGACCGGCACUGCUACUCCCGCAUUCUGGAGUUGAUUGUGAAUGUUUGGGCAUUCCACAGCGCGCGACGGAUGCUUUAUGUCAAUCCUGAGACUGGUGCAAUGCAGGAGCAGCAUCAGCUAAGUUGCAGGAGAGGUCAGAUGUCAAUCCAAUGGUUCUCCUAUGCCACUCUGAAAAGCAUGGACGAGGAGUUGGCGGAAGAGUUCGAUUCAGAUCACCCGGACAGGAGGUGGCUCUGGCCACAUACUGGAGAGGUCUUUUGGCAAGGUCUCUAUGAGAGGGAGCGGAACAUGCGGCAGCAGGAGAAGGAGCGGAGGAAGCAGCAGAGCAGAGACAAGAUCCAGAGAAUCAAGAAGAGGGCUAGGCAAAAAUCACUAGGGAAGUAUAUAAAGCCACCACCUGAUGAUACCGGUGGCUUGAAUCACACAAGGACAGUAGAUGAGUAGCAAUUUAACCACAUACCUAGGACGAUGAUUCUUUCUGCAGGAAAUUUCGUUCAUUCUUUGUUCCGGCUAAUGUCUGAACCAAUUCCCCCUUGUGGGUGUGAAUAUUUUUGUUCAGUUUUGUUGUGCCCUCUGGUGUUUGGGUGUUUGCAGGGGCGUUGUAACAUCUUAUAUCUAGGCCAUCAAGUUGCAACCUAGGUGUAAAUUUGGGUUUCCAUGGGAGCUUUUGUUCUUCGCGCUCAAGCUUUUCUAACUGCUGCUUUGUAUUUGCAGCCUCCAUUGCGGAGACUGAAGGUCUCGUUGAACAAAUCGAGUAAAUGACUGAUGCUGUCCUAUGGUUCAACCUCA